AUGAUUUCGCGGUGGGAUUUAAGCUCCCGGCGCACCCUGAUAGGAAUUCGUAUGCUUAUUUCAUUCUCAGCUGUACAUCUUUUUCCACUCACCACAAUGGGUGUCCCAGGUGGGUUCAGAAUGCGCUGGACAGUCCCACCAGCCGUUCUCGCUACUUACACCUACUCUGCGGGAGAGUGGAACAAGCAUCUGCCUCAAAAGGCCCGCUUUUCCACCAAUUCUGCUCGUUCUGAUGCCAAUCGAGAUCCGCAAAGCAAACCUUCCGACGAUCAAGAAGAACAAAAUUCUAUUUGGUCCUCCAUAUUCUACAAGCUUGAUAGCGUGAAGCACACCGUUGGAUCGUCAGAAUGGGUAGAACUUCCAAACUUUACAAAUUACAUGCCUGACUGGGCCAAGUUGCUACCAGAAACGGUUCAAAAACUUCAACGGGAGCUUUCAAUUGCACCUGGCUCACUGGCAGAUGAAAUCUGGAAGGAGGCUCAGGACCCGGAUAUCAACCCAGAGAUCGUGAGAGACGCGCAAGUACGCGUAAGCGGUGACUUGUGCGCUGAAGAGCUGGCAUUUAGACGAAAGCGUCAACAGCAUUCAGUGAAGGCAUUAGCCUCGUAUCUCGGCGUCCCAGAGCAGGAUAUACAUCCGGAUGAUGUACCUGUGAUAGCUAUGUGCGGCUCUGGCGGAGGACUUCGUGCCUUGGUCGCCGGGACCGGGUCAUAUCUGGCUGCACAGGAAGCAGGAUUAUUCGACAUUGUUACAUACACUGCAGGAGUUAGCGGUAGCUGCUGGCUGCAGACUCUGUACCACUCGUCAAUUACCGACCGCAACUUCAACAAACUUGUAGACCACCUUAAAAGUCGGCUGGGAGUCCACAUGGCAUUUCCUCCCAAUGUGCUAAAGCUGCUUACAACCGCACCUACCAACAAGUAUCUUCUCAGCGGAUUGGUUGAGAAACUAAAAGGAGACCCUGGUGCUGAUUUUGGAUUGGUGGACAUUUACGGAAUAUUGCUUGCGUCGAGGCUCCUAGUACCGCGCGGAGAACUCGGAGUGUCAGCCGUGGAUUUCAAGUUGUCCAACCAAAAAGCCAACCUAUUGAACGGAGCGCACCCUCUACCAAUUUACACCGCAGUGCGACAUGAAAUUCCCAUACUCGAAACAGAGGAAGAGAAUCCAGCUAAGGUACAUGAUACGCCUGAGAAGGCCAUGCGAGAUGCAAAGAAAGAGGCUUGGUUCCAGUGGUUUGAGUUCACUCCAUAUGAAUUCUUUUGUGAAGAACUUAACGCUGGUAUUCCAACGUGGGCUAUGGGCCGUCAUUUCCAGGCUGGUAAGAGCUUGGCCACUGAGGAGAAGUUCCCUAUUCCCGAGAUCCGAGUUCCAGCACUCAUGGGCGUAUGGGGAAGUGCUUUCUGUGCAACCCUAUCUCACUACUAUAAGGAGAUUCGACCUUUGGUCAGAGGCCUAACUGGGUUCGGCGGGAUUGAUUCGCUCAUUCAGGGUAAAAAUAAGGACUUGGUCCGAGUCCACCCAAUAGAUCCAGCUGGUAUUCCGAACUUUGUGAUGGGAAUGAAAGAUCAGCUUCCCGCUUCAUGCCCGGAAUCCAUUUUUCAAAACGAUCACUUGCGUCUUAUGGAUGCUGGUAUGAGCAACAAUCUCCCGAUAUAUCCCCUCCUCCGGCCUGGGCGAGGCGUUGACAUCGUCGUCGCCUUUGAUGCAUCCGCCGAUAUCAAGCAGGAGAACUGGCUAUCUGUCGUCGACGGCUAUGCCCGCCAACGAGGAAUAAAGAGCUGGCCUAUCGGUGCUGGAUGGCCCAAAGAAGGCGAUAGCAUCCAGGAAACGGAGCAGUUGCUUCGAGAGCCACAAAAUAUGACGGACCAAAAAGUGAAUAAAAAGAUAGCCGAUGCCCAGAGUAAGCAAAAGACCUCAAAUGGGAGGGAUACAGACCUCGGUUACUGCAAUGUCUGGGUUGGAACAAAGGAAGAGCGAAUCUCCGAAGACAAACCUCCAGCUUCCAAGCGCCUUUUCCACGAAAGUGCAGAAGACCAUUCCGAGUCUGAAUUUCACCUUAUGCAACCAGACGCUGGUAUUGCUGUCGUCUACUUCCCUCUCAUACCCAAUAAAUCGGCUCCAACUCCCCCGCCGACUCCUAAGACUCGGCCUCUUGCGGCUGCUAAGUCUCUACUACUUAAAGCCCAAGGUUCUGAGGACCCUAUAGCUCCUAAACCCAACUCAAUCGAUCCCAAUUUAGAUGACUUCCUCUCUACUUGGAACUUCAUCUAUACACCUGAGCAAAUUGACUCGGUGGUAGGGCUGGCGAAAGCGAACUUUUUGGAGGGCCAAGAGCAGGUUCGCAAGGUUGUUCGAGCUGUUUAUGAGCGCAGGAGAUCUGACCGGCUGCGCCGCGAGGCAGAUGAGUCUCGCAAGCGCAUGGAAGGGUUUGUCCCUUUGUAG